AUGCCGCGGGCGGUCGGGCUGCUCUGGCUGCUGCUGCCGGGGCUGGCGGCGCUGGAACCGCUCAGCGUGGGCCUGGCCAUCGGCGUCGCCUCGGCUCUCACUGGCUACCUGUCCCACCCCCGCUUCUACUGCAACUACGUGGAGUGCUGCCCCAGCGCCGGGCAACGCCUCAACGCCACCGCACUGAAGGCGCAGCUGGACACCAAGCUCUUUGGGCAGCACCUGGCCAAGGACGUGGUGCUGAAGGCAGUGAUGGGUUUCAGCAACAACCCCAGCCCCAAGAAGCCGCUGACGCUCUCACUCCACGGCUGGGCCGGCACUGGCAAGAACUUCCUCAGCCAGAUCUUGGCGGAGCAUGUCCACCGUGCCGGCCUGCGCAGCAAAUUCGUCCAUCUCUUUCUGGCCACCCUGCACUUCCCCCACCAUGACCAACUCAAGCUCUACAAGGAGCAACUGCAGAACUGGAUUCGGGGCAACGUCAGUGCCUGUCCCCACUCUAUCUUCAUUUUUGAUGAGAUGGACAAAAUGCAUCCAGGUCUCAUUGAUGCCAUCAAGCCAUUCUUAGACUAUUAUGAGCAGGUUGAUGGCGUGUCCUACAGGAAAGCCAUCUUCAUCUUCCUCAGCAAUGCAGGUGGUGACUUAAUUAAUAAAGCAGCUCUUGACUUCUGGACAAGUGGAAAGAGCAGGGAAGAGAUUCAGCUGAAAGACCUGGAGCCCAUGCUAUCUGUAGGAGUCUUCAAUAACAAGAAUAGUGGACUGUGGCACAGCAGCCUCAUUGACAGGAACCUCAUUGACUACUUUGUUCCCUUCCUGCCCCUGGAGCACAAGCAUGUGAAGAUGUGUGUCAGGGCUGAAAUGAUAGCCCGUGGCUAUGCUGUUGAUGAGAAGAUUGUUCAAGCAGUGGCUGAUGAGAUGACGUUCUUCCCAAAAGAGCAGAAAAUCUACUCUGAUAAAGGCUGCAAGACCGUACAGGCCAAGCUGGAUAUUCAUGAAGAUGCUGUGAUGAGAGAUACAAAACCCAAGGGUUGAUUACCCUUUAGGUCUCCAACGCACUUUCAGACCUUUUGCAUAUUCGUAUAUUUGCACUUAAGCCUUUUUACUGUUGCAGGGAAUAUGGUGAAAAUACCAGAGUGAACUGUGUGGGCUUUUAAGUUUUUGGUUGGUUGGUUGUUUUUUUAAUUUAACAUCCCACUGUUCAUCUCUGAACUGGCUGAUACCCAAAUGUUGCCCCCCCCCCCUUUUUU